GUUAGGCUGCUUGCCCGGGGGCCGUGCACGGGCCGUGCACGUGCAGAAGCGGUUAGGCUUCUUACUCAGAAGCGGAGCGGGUGAGGUGGUUGCGAUUCUUGCUCAGGACUUGUGCAAAUGCGCAUGUACAGGGCCAUUAGAGCCUAGACAUUGGAUAAAAGAGGUUGCUUGGCGUUCAUUGAAAGUCAGAGAGGUCAAAGGGGCCUGAGAUUCUGCCCGGUGAGGACCGGAAACCGGACGGUCGGAGGAGUCACAGGGCUGCCAUGCCAGGCAUCUUUGGCAGCUCAGUGCCCAAGCUCCACAAGGCUGCCCGCAAGGGCGACAAGGCCAAGGUGGAGCGUCUCCUCCAGAAAUGGAACACGGUUUACAGAGACAGCAAGCAAAGGACUGCUCUGCAUUAUGCCAGUGCCUAUGGCCAUCCAGAAGUGGUGAGACUCCUGAUACAGAAAAAGUUUGACCUUAAUGCCUGGGACAGUGACCAUGACACCGCUCUGAUUAAGGCUGUAAAAUGCUACGAGGAAGACUGUGUUAGUAUUCUCUUGGAACAUGGUGCAAAUCCAAAUAUUGCCAAUACCAAGGGCGACACUGCUCUGCAUUAUGCAGUUUACAGUUCAAAGUCUUCACUAACAGCAAAACUGCUUUCGCAUGGUGCCGAUGCUGAGGCAAAAAACAAGGAAGGCCUCACACCACUUAUGCUUGCUCUAAGGGAAAACAGAAUGGAAGCGGCAGCAUUGUUAAAAAAGACAGAAACAAAGAAUGUGGUGAAUGAGCCGGAAAGCUCUUGCAGCAAACCCAGUCCUGUUAAUUACCAGGCUACAUCAGGUGACACUGCUUUCCCUCUGGAUAACAAGAAACAAGCAGAAAUGUCAAAAGUUACAGCGCGGAAAAAGGAUACGGUGUUUGCACCAGGAGUACAGAAAGCUGGUGAAUUGCCUUGGGAUUCUGAGAAGCCUGUCGAUCCUUUUUCUGGGAAAGCAGAUGAUGGAGGAAAACAGGCAGGAAAUAGAAAAAGAAAAGAAUCACCUGACACACAUCUUCCCUUGAAGCCUGCUGUGGAAACAAAAGAUUCUGAUGGGAAGAAAGCAGUAAGAGUGAAGGAUGCACUGCCACCUCAACCAGAUUGGUGUUUGGCCUCAUGUUAUGAGACUGCUGAGAAAUCAGAGAAUUUGAAAUCUGAUGAUAAACAACCACUUGCAACAUUACCAGAAUCUGAUUGUGCCCAGAAGAACUUGUCCAGUGGGGACCCGGGACCAUCAAGGCCUGUGGGCCUUCUGAAAAACUGCAAGGUUGCAUUGCAAAGCAUCUUUGGUGAGCCAAUGCCCAAGAUUCACAAGGCUGCCCGUAAGGGCAACAAGGACCGGGUGCAGUUUCUCAUCACAGCAGGCCAUGUCCAUGACAGAGACAGGGAACGCAGGACUGCUCUGCAUUAUGCCAGUGCCUAUGGCCAUCCAGAAGUGGUGACUCUCUUGGUAAAGAGCAAGUGUGAUAUUAAUGCCUGUGACAGUGACUAUGACACCGCUCUGAUUAAGGCUGUAAAAUGCUACGAGGAAGGCUGUGCUAGUAUUCUCUUGGAGCAUGGUGCAAAUCUAAAUAUUGCCAAUGCCAAGGGCGACACUGCUCUGCAUCUUUCGGUAUUUCAUCCAAAGUCUUCACUAACAGCAAAACUGCUUUCGCAUGGUGCCGAUGCUGAGGCAAAAAACAAGGAAGGCCUCACACCACUUAUGCUUGCUCUAAGGGAAAACAGAAUGGAAGCAGCAGCAUUGUUAAAAAAGACAGAAACAAAGAAUGUGGUGAAUGAGCCGGAAAGAAAAAAUUCUCAAUGUGAAAAAAAGGAAUCUUCAAAUUCUGACAAUAGCCCUGCAGUGGUUGCAAGUGAAUCUGAGACUUCUUUAACACCAGAGGUUGCAAUUAAAAUGGAGGCUCCAUCCAUGCCAGAGCCUCAACCUAUUCUUGUGGCUCCAUUCAGGCCAGGCAAGUGCGCUAUCACUGAGGUGUAUCCUUUACACUACGAAGUUUGCUUUUUUAUAUCAGGUUUAAGUUCACUGCAAAAUUGAAAGGAAGCUCCAGAGAUUUGCAGUUGAUCAUGUGCCUCUCACACAUAAGUUGCCUCCUUCCAUGGCCAGUGCUCUCCCCUAGAGUAGUACACUUGUGAUAGAUGAUGACUUACCAUGAGUCUACCCUUAUCCUUAAAAUCUGAAUCUGCGGUUAAUGUUAGGGUUCACUGUUAGUGUUCUCCAUCUGAUGGGUCUAACAAAUGUGUAGGGUAUUUACUGUUGCAUUUAUGUUUGUUCUUAAUUGUUUGUUAAUACUCCAUAUUCAGAAGAAUUUAGGAGAUGAUUAUAGGAAAUUUUUAAUCCAAAUGUUACACUUCUUUAAUUUCUACUUCUGAAAUCCUAUACAUGAAAAAUAGUUUUAAAUUAGUAUGGUUACUUUGUGUGUACUAACAUUAGAGUAAACUUUUAAUUUUUUAAGUAAAUGUGUUAGACUUAGUAAAAGAAUAUUACUACAUGGUUGUAUUACUGAAAAGUGAUUUUUGUGACUAAAAAUAAAAUUUUAAGUCACUUAACAAUUAUUAUCUUCCCACUAAAGUAUGUAAUUUGUAUUGUUCUGUAUAAUGUCCUACUCUGGUUUAGGAGGUGAUAUCUACACACUGUUACUGUGUUUUUGAAUUAUCUCCAAUUGUAUACUAAAUUUCUGUAUCAUGGUAUUAGUAGAUUCAUUAACUUUCUUUAAAUAAUACCUUUUUCUUUGUUUCUUUGUUUAUUCUCUUUUUUUUUCUGUUUCAUUGUCUUCCUUUUUGCAGUGGUUGCCACUCAACCCGAGACUCCACUCAAGUCAGGCAAGUGCUCUACCACAGAGGUGCACCCUUUUCACUAAGAACUUUGUUUUUUAUGUCUGGCUUAGGUUCACAGCAAAGUUGAAAGGAGGAUCCAGAGGGCUUUGAUUGAUCAUGUCCCUCUCACACAAAGUGUUUUGCUUCCCUCCAUGGCCAGUGCCCGCCCCUAGAGGAGUACCCUUGUUACAGAUGAUGACUUACAGUGGUCCUUUGUUACGUUAUCAUCUAACGUUGGCAGUUAACAUUAGGGCAAACUGUUGGUGUUCUAGAUCUGAUGGGUCUACUCAAAUGUGUAGUAUAUUUACUGCUGCAUUUAUAUUUGUUCUUGUUUUUUUCUUAAUACCUCAGGAUUCAGAAGUAUUUAAGAAAUUAACUGUAGGAAAAUUUUAUUCCAAAACACUCCAUUUAUUAAUUUUUACUUCUGAAAUCCUAUACAUGAAAAGAGUUUUAAAUCACUAUGUUUAGUGUCUGUGUAAUAACAUAUAGUGAAGGUUUAAUAUGUUAAUAAAUGCAUUAGACUUAGUAAAAACCAUAUUACUGUAUGAUUGUAUCACUGAGAAGAGUUUUUUGUGACUAAAAAUAAAAUGUUAAGUCACUUAUACAUUAUUUUCCCCCCCAAGAUUUUAACUUACGUUGUUCUCCAUAUUUUCCUAUUCUUCAGUUUAGGAGAUGAUAUCUAGUCUGUGCUACUUUGAUCUUGUAAUUAUCUCCAGGGGUAUACUGAGUUUCUGUAUCUUCUGCAGUAGUGGGUUCAGUAACUAUCUUUAAUUAACAGCUGUGUUUCUUCUCUUUUAUUUUUUAUGUGUUCUCUUUUCCAGGGAUUGGUAGACCUGGCACUCCACUCAUGCAAGGCAAGUGCCCCUCCACUGAACUGUACCCUUUGCACUAUGAACAUUUAUAAACAUCAGGAUUAAGUUCACGGCAAAAUUGAAAGGAAGAUCCAGAGAUUUCCAGUAGACUGUGUGCCUCUCACACAUGAGUUGCCUCCCUCCACAGGCAGUGCCCUCCUCUAAAGUAGUACACUUAGUGUAGACAAUGACUUACACUGGCCCAUCAUUACCAAGCGAAGUCUGCAGUCAGUGUUAGGAUUCACUGUUUGUGUUCCCCUUCUCAUGGUUCUAUUGUAAUGUGAAGUGUAUUUACAGUUCAAUUUAUAUUUGUGUUUAAUUUUUUGUUAAUACUCCAUAUUUAGAAGAAUUUAGGAAAUGAAUUAUAGGAAAUUUAUAACCUAAAAUACUUCAUUCAUUUAAUUUUCCUUGAAUUCCUGUACAUGAAAAUGUUUUAAAUCACUAUGGCUACUUUGUGUGAAUUAAGAUUAAACUUUUAACAUUUUAAACAAAUGUGUUUGACUUAAAAUGUUGCCCCUCUUAUGAAUUAUUUUCCCACUUAAGUAUUUAAUUUAUAUGGCUUUGUAUAAUAUUCCACUCUUUGGUUUAGGAGAUGAUAGUAAUAGUGUGCUACUUUGAUCUUGGAAUUACCUCCUAUUGUACAUUGAGUUUCUAUAACAUGGUAAUAGUUUCAGUACCUGUCUUUAAUUAAUAGCUUUUCUUCUUUGUUUCUUCUCUUCUGUUUUCUUUUCGGUUCCAUUCUUUUCUUUUUUGCAGUGGUUGCCAAAAAACCUGAGAUUCCAUUCGUAUCCGGCAAGUGCUGUACCAUGGAGUUGUACCCUUUGCACUAUAAACUGUUUUUUUAAAUUUCAGGCUUAAGUUCACAGCAAAAUUGAAAGGAAGAUCCAGAGAUUUGCAGUUGAUCAUGUACCUCUCACACAUAAGUUGCCUCCUUCUAUGGCCAGUGCCCUCCCUUAGACUAGAACACUUGUUAUGGAGAGUGACUUAAACCGGUCCAUUAUUAUAAUCCAAAUCUGCAGUUAAUAUUAGUUUCACUGUUAGUGUUCUCCAUCUGAUGGGUCUAUUCAAAUGUGUAGUGUAUUUGCUGUUGCAUUUAUAUUUGUUCUUAAUUUUGUGUUAAAUUCCAGAAUUCAUAAGUAUUUAAGACAUGAAGUAUAGGAAAUUAUGAUUUAAAAUAUUCCUUUUAUUUAAUUUUCAAUUUUGUAAUCUUGUACAUGAUAAAGUAUUUUAAAUCAGUAGGUCUAGUAUCUGUGCACUAACAUUAUAGUGAAGUUUUAAUAUUUUAAUAAAUGCAUUAGACCUAGUAAAACCAUUUUACUACAUGAUUGUAUCACUAAGAAGUGAUUGUUGUGAAUAAAAAUAAAAUGUUAAGUCACCUAUCAAUUAUUUUCUUGCCUAAGUAUGUGACUUAUAUUGUUCUAUAUAUUUUCCUAUUCUUUGGUUUAGGAGAUGAUACCUAUUCUGUACUACUUUGAUCUUGUAAUUAUCUCCAGGUAUAUACUGAGUUUCUGUAACAUGGUAGUAGUAGUUUCGGUAACUACAUUUAAUUAACAGCUUUUUCCUGUGUUGUUUUCUUUUGUCUUCCCUUUUGCAGAGCCUCAACCUAUUCUUGUGGCUCCAUUCAGGCCAGGCAAGUGCGCUAUCACUGAGGUGUAUCCUUUACACUACGAAGUUUGCUUUUUUAUAUCAGGUUUAAGUUCACUGCAAAAUUGAAAGGAAGCUCCAGAGAUUUGCAGUUGAUCAUGUGCCUCUCACACAUAAGUUGCCUCCUUCCAUGGCCAGUGCUCUCCCCUAGAGUAGUACACUUGUGAUAGAUGAUGACUUACCAUGAGUCUACCCUUAUCCUUAAAAUCUGAAUCUGCGGUUAAUGUUAGGGUUCACUGUUAGUGUUCUCCAUCUGAUGGGUCUAACAAAUGUGUAGGGUAUUUACUGUUGCAUUUAUGUUUGUUCUUAAUUGUUUGUUAAUACUCCAUAUUCAGAAGAAUUUAGGAGAUGAUUAUAGGAAAUUUUUAAUCCAAAUGUUACACUUCUUUAAUUUCUACUUCUGAAAUCCUAUACAUGAAAAAUAGUUUUAAAUUAGUAUGGUUACUUUGUGUGUACUAACAUUAGAGUAAACUUUUAAUUUUUUAAGUAAAUGUGUUAGACUUAGUAAAAGAAUAUUACUACAUGGUUGUAUUACUGAAAAGUGAUUUUUGUGACUAAAAAUAAAAUUUUAAGUCACUUAACAAUUAUUAUCUUCCCACUAAAGUAUGUAAUUUGUAUUGUUCUGUAUAAUGUCCUACUCUGGUUUAGGAGGUGAUAUCUACACACUGUUACUGUGUUUUUGAAUUAUCUCCAAUUGUAUACUAAAUUUCUGUAUCAUGGUAUUAGUAGAUUCAUUAACUUUCUUUAAAUAAUACCUUUUUCUUUGUUUCUUUGUUUAUUCUCUUUUUUUUUCUGUUUCAUUGUCUUCCUUUUUGCAGUGGUUGCCACUCAACCCGAGACUCCACUCAAGUCAGGCAAGUGCUCUACCACAGAGGUGCACCCUUUUCACUAAGAACUUUGUUUUUUAUGUCUGGCUUAGGUUCACAGCAAAGUUGAAAGGAGGAUCCAGAGGGCUUUGAUUGAUCAUGUCCCUCUCACACAAAGUGUUUUGCUUCCCUCCAUGGCCAGUGCCCGCCCCUAGAGGAGUACCCUUGUUACAGAUGAUGACUUACAGUGGUCCUUUGUUACGUUAUCAUCUAACGUUGGCAGUUAACAUUAGGGCAAACUGUUGGUGUUCUAGAUCUGAUGGGUCUACUCAAAUGUGUAGUAUAUUUACUGCUGCAUUUAUAUUUGUUCUUGUUUUUUUCUUAAUACCUCAGGAUUCAGAAGUAUUUAAGAAAUUAACUGUAGGAAAAUUUUAUUCCAAAACACUCCAUUUAUUAAUUUUUACUUCUGAAAUCCUAUACAUGAAAAGAGUUUUAAAUCACUAUGUUUAGUGUCUGUGUAAUAACAUAUAGUGAAGGUUUAAUAUGUUAAUAAAUGCAUUAGACUUAGUAAAAACCAUAUUACUGUAUGAUUGUAUCACUGAGAAGAGUUUUUUGUGACUAAAAAUAAAAUGUUAAGUCACUUAUACAUUAUUUUCCCCCCCAAGAUUUUAACUUACGUUGUUCUCCAUAUUUUCCUAUUCUUCAGUUUAGGAGAUGAUAUCUAGUCUGUGCUACUUUGAUCUUGUAAUUAUCUCCAGGGGUAUACUGAGUUUCUGUAUCUUCUGCAGUAGUGGGUUCAGUAACUAUCUUUAAUUAACAGCUGUGUUUCUUCUCUUUUAUUUUUUAUGUGUUCUCUUUUCCAGGGAUUGGUAGACCUGGCACUCCACUCACGCAAGGCAAGUGCCCCUCCACUGAACUGUACCCUUUGCACUAUGAACAUUUAUAAACAUCAGGAUUAAGUUCACGGCAAAAUUGAAAGGAAGAUCCAGAGAUUUCCAGUAGACUGUGUGCCUCUCACACAUGAGUUGCCUCCCUCCACAGGCAGUGCCCUCCUCUAAAGUAGUACACUUAGUGUAGACAAUGACUUACACUGGCCCAUCAUUACCAAGCGAAGUCUGCAGUCAGUGUUAGGAUUCACUGUUUGUGUUCCCCUUCUCAUGGUUCUAUUGUAAUGUGAAGUGUAUUUACAGUUCAAUUUAUAUUUGUGUUUAAUUUUUUGUUAAUACUCCAUAUUUAGAAGAAUUUAGGAAAUGAAUUAUAGGAAAUUUAUAACCUAAAAUACUUCAUUCAUUUAAUUUUCCUUGAAUUCCUGUACAUGAAAAUGUUUUAAAUCACUAUGGCUACUUUGUGUGAAUUAAGAUUAAACUUUUAACAUUUUAAACAAAUGUGUUUGACUUAAAAUGUUGCCCCUCUUAUGAAUUAUUUUCCCACUUAAGUAUUUAAUUUAUAUGGCUUUGUAUAAUAUUCCACUCUUUGGUUUAGGAGAUGAUAGUAAUAGUGUGCUACUUUGAUCUUGGAAUUACCUCCUAUUGUACAUUGAGUUUCUAUAACAUGGUAAUAGUUUCAGUACCUGUCUUUAAUUAAUAGCUUUUCUUCUUUGUUUCUUCUCUUCUGUUUUCUUUUCGGUUCCAUUCUUUUCUUUUUUGCAGUGGUUGCCAAAAAACCUGAGAUUCCAUUCGUAUCCGGCAAGUGCUGUACCAUGGAGUUGUACCCUUUGCACUAUAAACUGUUUUUUUAAAUUUCAGGCUUAAGUUCACAGCAAAAUUGAAAGGAAGAUCCAGAGAUUUGCAGUUGAUCAUGUACCUCUCACACAUAAGUUGCCUCCCUCUAUGGCCAGUGCCCUCCCUUAGACUAGAACACUUGCUAUGGAGAGUGACUUAAACCGGUCCAUUAUUAUAAUCCAAAUCUGCAGUUAAUAUUAGUUUCACUGUUAGUGUUCUCCAUCUGAUGGGUCUAUUCAAAUGUGUAGUGUAUUUGCUGUUGCAUUUAUAUUUGUUCUUAAUUUUGUGUUAAAUUCCAGAAUUCAUAAGUAUUUAAGACAUGAAGUAUAGGAAAUUAUGAUUUAAAAUAUUCCUUUUAUUUAAUUUUCAAUUUUGUAAUUUUGUACAUGAUAAAGUAUUUUAAAUCAGUAGGUCUAGUAUCUGUGCACUAACAUUAUAGUGAAGUUUUAAUAUUUUAAUAAAUGCAUUAGACCUAGUAAAACCAUUUUACUACAUGAUUGUAUCACUAAGAAGUGAUUGUUGUGAAUAAAAAUAAAAUGUUAAGUCACCUAUCAAUUAUUUUCUUGCCUAAGUAUGUGACUUAUAUUGUUCUAUAUAUUUUCCUAUUCUUUGGUUUAGGAGAUGAUACCUAUUCUGUACUACUUUGAUCUUGUAAUUAUCUCCAGGUAUAUACUGAGUUUCUGUAACAUGGUAGUAGUAGUUUCGGUAACUACAUUUAAUUAACAGCUUUUUCCUGUGUUGUUUUCUUUUGUCUUCCCUUUUGCAGAGCCUCAACCUAUUCUUGUGGCUCCAUUCAGGCCAGGCAAGUGCGCUAUCACUGAGGUGUAUCCUUUACACUACGAAGUUUGCUUUUUUAUAUCAGGUUUAAGUUCACUGCAAAAUUGAAAGGAAGCUCCAGAGAUUUGCAGUUGAUCAUGUGCCUCUCACACAUAAGUUGCCUCCUUCCAUGGCCAGUGCUCUCCCCUAGAGUAGUACACUUGUGAUAGAUGAUGACUUACCAUGAGUCUACCCUUAUCCUUAAAAUCUGAAUCUGCGGUUAAUGUUAGGGUUCACUGUUAGUGUUCUCCAUCUGAUGGGUCUAACAAAUGUGUAGGGUAUUUACUGUUGCAUUUAUGUUUGUUCUUAAUUGUUUGUUAAUACUCCAUAUUCAGAAGAAUUUAGGAGAUGAUUAUAGGAAAUUUUUAAUCCAAAUGUUACACUUCUUUAAUUUCUACUUCUGAAAUCCUAUACAUGAAAAAUAGUUUUAAAUUAGUAUGGUUACUUUGUGUGUACUAACAUUAGAGUAAACUUUUAAUUUUUUAAGUAAAUGUGUUAGACUUAGUAAAAGAAUAUUACUACAUGGUUGUAUUACUGAAAAGUGAUUUUUGUGACUAAAAAUAAAAUUUUAAGUCACUUAACAAUUAUUAUCUUCCCACUAAAGUAUGUAAUUUGUAUUGUUCUGUAUAAUGUCCUACUCUGGUUUAGGAGGUGAUAUCUAUACACUGUUACUGAGUUUUUGAAUUAUCUCCAAUUGUAUACUAAAUUUCUGUAUCAUGGUAUUAGUAGAUUCAUUAACUUUCUUUAAAUAAUACCUUUUUCUUUGUUUCUUUGUUUAUUCUCUUUUUUUUCUGUUUCAUUGUCUUCCUUUUUGCAGUGGUUGCCACUCAACCCGAGACUCCACUCAAGUCAGGCAAGUGCUCUACCACAGAGCUGCACCCUUUUCACUAAGAACUUUGUUUUUUAUGUCUGGCUUAGGUUCACAGCAAAGUUGAAAGGAGGAUCCAGAGGGCUUUGAUUGAUCAUGUCCCUCUCACACAAAGUGUUUUGCUUCCCUCCAUGGCCAGUGCCCGCCCCUAGAGGAGUACCCUUGUUACAGAUGAUGACUUACAGUGGUCCAUCGUUAUCAUCUAAUGUUGGCAGUUAACAUUAGGGCAAACUGUUGGCGUUCUCCAUCUGAUGGGUCUACUCAAAUGUGUAGUAUAUUUACUGCUGCAUUUAUAUUUGUUCUUGUUUUUUUCUUAAUACCGCAGAAUUCAGAAGUAUUUAAGAAAUUAACUGUAGGAAAAUUUUAUUCCAAAACACUCCAUUUAUUAAUUUUUACUUCUGAAAUCCUAUACAUGAAAAGAGUUUUAAAUCACUAUGUUUAGUGUCUGUGUAAUAACAUAUAGUGAAGGUUUAAUAUGUUAAUAAAUGCAUUAGACUUAGUAAAAACCAUAUUACUGUAUGAUUGUAUCACUGAGAAGAGUUUUUUGUGACUAAAAAUAAAAUGUUAAGUCACUUAUACAUUAUUUUCCCCCCCAAGAUUUUAACUUACGUUGUUCUCCAUAUUUUCCUAUUCUUCAGUUUAGGAGAUGAUAUCUAGUCUGUGCUACUUUGAUCUUGUAAUUAUCUCCAGGGGUAUACUGAGUUUCUGUAUCUUCUGCAGUAGUGGGUUCAGUAACUAUCUUUAAUUAACAGCUGUGUUUCUUCUCUUUUAUUUUUUAUGUGUUCUCUUUUCCAGGGAUUGGUAGACCUGGCACUCCACUCACGCAAGGCAAGUGCCCCUCCACUGAACUGUACCCUUUGCACUAUGAACAUUUAUAAACAUCAGGAUUAAGUUCACGGCAAAAUUGAAAGGAAGAUCCAGAGAUUUCCAGUAGACUGUGUGCCUCUCACACAUGAGUUGCCUCCCUCCACAGGCAGUGCCCUCCUCUAAAGUAGUACACUUAGUGUAGACAAUGACUUACACUGGCCCAUCAUUACCAAGCGAAGUCUGCAGUCAGUGUUAGGAUUCACUGUUUGUGUUCCCCUUCUCAUGGUUCUAUUGUAAUGUGAAGUGUAUUUACAGUUCAAUUUAUAUUUGUGUUUAAUUUUUUGUUAAUACUCCAUAUUUAGAAGAAUUUAGGAAAUGAAUUAUAGGAAAUUUAUAACCUAAAAUACUUCAUUCAUUUAAUUUUCCUUGAAUUCCUGUACAUGAAAAUGUUUUAAAUCACUAUGGCUACUUUGUGUGAAUUAAGAUUAAACUUUUAACAUUUUAAACAAAUGUGUUUGACUUAAAAUGUUGCCCCUCUUAUGAAUUAUUUUCCCACUUAAGUAUUUAAUUUAUAUGGCUUUGUAUAAUAUUCCACUCUUUGGUUUAGGAGAUGAUAGUAAUAGUGUGCUACUUUGAUCUUGGAAUUACCUCCUAUUGUACAUUGAGUUUCUAUAACAUGGUAAUAGUUUCAGUACCUGUCUUUAAUUAAUAGCUUUUCUUCUUUGUUUCUUCUCUUCUGUUUUCUUUUCGGUUCCAUUCUUUUCUUUUUUGCAGUGGUUGCCAAAAAACCUGAGAUUCCAUUCGUAUCCGGCAAGUGCUGUACCAUGGAGUUGUACCCUUUGCACUAUAAACUGUUUUUUUAAAUUUCAGGCUUAAGUUCACAGCAAAAUUGAAAGGAAGAUCCAGAGAUUUGCAGUUGAUCAUGUACCUCUCACACAUAAGUUGCCUCCCUCUAUGGCCAGUGCCCUCCCUUAGACUAGAACACUUGCUAUGGAGAGUGACUUAAACCGGUCCAUUAUUAUAAUCCAAAUCUGCAGUUAAUAUUAGUUUCACUGUUAGUGUUCUCCAUCUGAUGGGUCUAUUCAAAUGUGUAGUGUAUUUGCUGUUGCAUUUAUAUUUGUUCUUAAUUUUGUGUUAAAUUCCAGAAUUCAUAAGUAUUUAAGACAUGAAGUAUAGGAAAUUAUGAUUUAAAAUAUUCCUUUUAUUUAAUUUUCAAUUUUGUAAUCUUGUACAUGAUAAAGUAUUUUAAAUCAGUAGGUCUAGUAUCUGUGCACUAACAUUAUAGUGAAGUUUUAAUAUUUUAAUAAAUGCAUUAGACCUAGUAAAACCAUUUUACUACAUGAUUGUAUCACUAAGAAGUGAUUGUUGUGAAUAAAAAUAAAAUGUUAAGUCACCUAUCAAUUAUUUUCUUGCCUAAGUAUGUGACUUAUAUUGUUCUAUAUAUUUUCCUAUUCUUUGGUUUAGGAGAUGAUACCUAUUCUGUACUACUUUGAUCUUGUAAUUAUCUCCAGGUAUAUACUGAGUUUCUGUAACAUGGUAGUAGUAGUUUCGGUAACUACAUUUAAUUAACAGCUUUUUCCUGUGUUGUUUUCUUUUGUCUUCCCUUUUGCAGAGCCUCAACCUAUUCUUGUGGCUCCAUUCAGGCCAGGCAAGUGCGCUAUCACUGAGGUGUAUCCUUUACACUACGAAGUUUGCUUUUUUAUAUCAGGUUUAAGUUCACUGCAAAAUUGAAAGGAAGCUCCAGAGAUUUGCAGUUGAUCAUGUGCCUCUCACACAUAAGUUGCCUCCUUCCAUGGCCAGUGCUCUCCCCUAGAGUAGUACACUUGUGAUAGAUGAUGACUUACCAUGAGUCUACCCUUAUCCUUAAAAUCUGAAUCUGCGGUUAAUGUUAGGGUUCACUGUUAGUGUUCUCCAUCUGAUGGGUCUAACAAAUGUGUAGGGUAUUUACUGUUGCAUUUAUGUUUGUUCUUAAUUGUUUGUUAAUACUCCAUAUUCAGAAGAAUUUAGGAGAUGAUUAUAGGAAAUUUUUAAUCCAAAUGUUACACUUCUUUAAUUUCUACUUCUGAAAUCCUAUACAUGAAAAAUAGUUUUAAAUUAGUAUGGUUACUUUGUGUGUACUAACAUUAGAGUAAACUUUUAAUUUUUUAAGUAAAUGUGUUAGACUUAGUAAAAGAAUAUUACUACAUG